AUGAAAGUAGCCAACAAUAAAAAAGCCAAAUCAUUCAAAAAGCCGACGAAAGCCACAAAAAGUCCUAUAAGCAAGAAAAGAGACAACGAUUAUGCAACAACUUACAAAUAUGAAAUUGAAAGAAUAAAAAGAAUUUUAAAGUUUGAUCAAAUUCCUUACACGUUAGAUGACAUUUUUAAUUCUGAAAGUGAGAGUCUUUUUCGCAAAGCUGACGGCAAAAUUAAGCGACCCCCGAAUUGCUUUAUCUUCUUUCGCCAAAUUACGAUUACUUUGAUUAAAGAUACUCAAAUGUCUGCUGAAGAUCGAAAAUUUUUUGAAACCUUGGACCAGCCACAACUCUCGAAGAUUCUUGGUGCACUGUGGAAAUCUUUAUCUGCAGAUGUGAAGUCCCAUUAUAAAGAAUUAUGUGAUAAAGUGGUUGCAUUACAUAAAAAGAGGUAUCCAGAUUGGAAAUACGCACCAAAUAGGAGUAAAGCAAUUUUCAAAGUGGUUAAAUUUGAUUCACAUGUUCAAGAACCACAAUAUCAAGAAACACAAUAUGAAAAACCGCAAUAUCAAGAUCAAUCUUAUGAAAUCGAAAAUCAACCUGGAGUCACACCUGAAUACAUGCAAGUUGAAUACACACAAGCUGGGCUCAAUCAAACUCCCGUUGAACCUUGUAACUCAGAACUUGAUUUAAGUUCCUUUUUUGAUUUUCCCGACUUAAAUGAAUGUGAAAUAAUGAACAAUUUCUUGUAUAAUAAUAAUGAACAAUGUUUGAUUUUUUAA